AACACCGGUCCCUUUCCCACAAAAACGGAAGUGGGAACGAUAUCGCACUACAACACUGUCUGGACAAGCUAUCUUGAAAGUCUAGUGGAGUUUGUAUUAACGUUAGUGUUUUUACGCGAAGAGAAAUUCAACCAAAUAGGAGAUUGAUGUCAUUUGGUGGACCACAAAACGGCAGUCGCCGUAGUAAAUGGGACCAGCCGGGCCCAGGUCCUGGUUCAGACCAGAUGGGGGAGGCGGAGGCGACUCCUACGGGGGCUCUGGACGCUGCAGCUGCUGUGGCAGCUAAGAUCAACGCCAUGCUGGUAGCCAAGGGCAAGCUCAAGCCCUCCCAGAUAGGACCCCCUGGACCGACUGGACCCCCAGACAGGCUUGUGGGUGCAGGGAAGCCCCAGCCCCCUAUGAAAACGAAGGAUGACCUGGUGGUGGCGGAGGUGGAGAUCAACGACGUUCCUCUCCCCUGCCGGAACCUGCUGACCCGCGGACAGACACAGGACGAGAUCAGCAAAGUGAGCGGUGCUGCUGUGUCCACCAGGGGGCGAUACAUGGCAGCAGUGGAGAAGUACAAGGCUCCACAAGGGGACCGACCCCUCUAUCUCCACGUCCAGGGCCAGACCAGGGAACUUGUCGACAGAGCUGUGAACCGCAUCAAGGAGAUCAUCACGAACGGAGUGGUGAAGGCUGCCACCACCUCCUACAGCGGAACCGGAGCCACAGUCCCAGUCUACCAGCAACACAAACCCCCGCCCCCCUCACUGCCCCCUAUCAACCACCAUCACAGACCACACUUCCAGUCUGGGAUGCACUAUGUGCAGGACAAGUUGUUUGUGGGUCUGGAGCAUGCCAUCCAGGGCUUCUCAGUAAAGGAGAGGGUGGAAGGUCCAGGCAGCUCCUACCUGCAGCACAUCCAGGCUGAGACCGGGGCCAAGGUCUUCCUCAGGGGGAAGGGAUCCGGCUGUCUGGAGCCCACCUCUGGCCGAGAGGCCUUCGAACCUAUGUACAUCUACAUCAGUCAUCCCAAACCAGAGGGCCUUGCUGCAGCUAAGACCCUGUGUGACAACCUGCUGCAGACGGUUCAUGCAGAGUAUUCUGGCUUCCUCAACCAGAUGAGUGCCAUGAUGCCUACUCCCGGCUUUAUGCAGCCCCCCAUGGCCAACGGGAUGCCCCCCCAGCCCUCUUACUAUCCCCCAGCAGGGUACCAGCCCAGCUACCCCCUCCCUGUACCUCCCCCCCAGCCCAUUCCUCCCCCCUAUGCUGUGCCCCCUCCCAUUCCCCCUGGGGUGCCCGCCGGUCUCCCCCUCCCAACCGGUACGCCCCCCCCCCUGCACCUGUCAACUCUCCCACCUGCUCCUUUCCCACCCGCCGCUCCGGUUCCGCCCAAAGCUCCGCCUCCCGUGGUCUCAGCCAAUCCGCCACAGAAGAGACGCUUCACUGAGGAGGUGCCAGACGAGAGGGACAGCGGUCUGCUGGGAUACCAGCAUGGACCCAUUCAUAUGACUAAUUUAGGUGCAGGCUUCCCUGUGGGCAGCCCCGGCCCCGAGGCUUCAGGACCCCCGCCACAGAGUUCCUCCGGGCCGCCGAGGGAGAGGGACAGCAGUAGGCAGUUGAUGCCUCCACCACCCAUUCCGAUGAACGGAGGCGUGACACCCAAGAUGGAGGAGAGGAGGCCGCUGCAAGGCCCCCUGGAUACCUCAGUGAAGAGGAUGAAGACUGGGCUCGUGGCGUACACUGGUGACUCUUCGGACGAAGAGGAGGACCACUCCACCCCCAAAACCUUGGGGGCAGGUAACCAUGGUAACGUCGCUGGGGCGCACCACUCCACCCCCACGUCAUCCUCGGGCUGGACUCUGGGGUACCGCUGCCCCCCUCCGCCUCCCCAACGUGCCAAAACACAGCAGGCACAGUCACAGCAGCCCAUGCCCUUCUGGAUGGCCCCAUAACACAGGAGUAUUAAACCUCAUACUCACCCCACCCCAUCCUGUCUCCCCUCCCCUGACACCGAGGGCCUUCUGGAUGGCCCCAUAACACAGGAGGAUUAAACCUCAUACUCACCCCACCCCAUCCUGUCUCCCCUCCCCUGACACCUAGGGCCUUCUGGAUGACCCCAUAACACAGGAGGAUUAAACCUCAUACUCACCCCACCCCAUCCUGUCUCCCCUCCCCUGACACCGAGAGCCUUCUGGAUGGCCCCAUAACACAGGAGGAUUAAACCUCAUACUCACCCCACCCCACCCCAUCCUGUCUCCCCUCCCCUGACACCUAGGGCCUUCUGGAUGGCCCCAUAACACAGGAGGAUUAAACCUCAUACUCACCCCACCCCAUCCUGUCUCCCCUCCCCUGACACCGAGGGCCUUCUGGAUGGCCCCAUAACACAGGAGGAUUAAACCUCAUACUCACCCCACCCCAUCCUGUCUCCCCUCCCCUGACACCGAGGGCCUUCUGGAUGGCCCCAUAACACAGGAGGAUUAAACCUCAUACUCACCUCAUCCCGUCUCCCCUCCCCUGACACCGAGGGCCUUCUGGAUGGCCCCAUAAUGAAGAUCUUUUACACUCCAAAUUGAGCCCCAGUCCCCCUUCUUCCCUUUCCCCUGAACCAUCACCUCUACCUGCUCCUCUACUUCAUAGAAUCUCUUUUGUGAUUGCUUGGAUUUCCUUAAAACAGUUUUGCCAUGCGCUCAGCAGUAAAGCAGAGUUUGUGUGUGUAAAUGGAUUAAACAGACCGGCUGACUCAGACAAAGAGAACAGACUCAACUGCAGCCAACCAGGCACAACCAGAAGAGUGAUGGACUGGAUAAAUGGUGACAAAUCCAGCAAGAUGCCCCAGACUUCCACACAGACACAGAUUCAAGUGUGCUCUGAACUCUGUAUAGGAGACACAGCUGCGGAACGGACACUCAUGGAGGAUAAUAGUACCCAGUUUCUGGUUGGUUUGGAACGUGUCGGCUCCUGGUUUUACUAGUGUAGAAAAACACUGAGGUGGAAGAGAUAUACAAUGCAUUCUAAAGGAUUUAUUUGUAAAAAAAAAAAAAAAACGUAUUUCCCUCAUCCCUGUUUUCUUUCCUGGUCCAAAUCUUAAUCAGAUCUUCCUCUUCCUUCAUUGAGUACAGAUCAUACAAACAUGCUUGUUGGACUUUUAUGAAAUGCAAUUGACUCAACUGUUCUAAUGCUUUUGUGGAAUAAAUUAGCAUUAUUUAUC